CAUUGACAGUGCGACAGAUGACAAUCGGUAAGGCUUCGAAGCGCGCAACAAACUGUGUUUGUUUACGUUCGUUGUGUACAUAAACAUAUCAGUAGUGCUAACUAGUUAAGUUUGUGUUUAUACGUAAUUUAUCUAAGCCGUGAAUGAUAAAAUCAAGGGAUGAAAAUCAAAGCUUAUCCCUGAAUCCUGAAGGCUUGAUCCUGUGGUACAUGAAGCUUACUGUUUCAGUACGUACGAAGAUCCUGUACUCAAAAAAAAAUUGUCACAGCAAUGAAUUAUGAUCGGAAUUGGGAACAACUAUUUAUGCUUCUGACUGUGAGCAGUUAUUUUUUACCAGUCAAAUGUUUAGCGCCGUGCGACGUCGUGUUUGUGGUGCUGAGCCAGGGCGGCACGUCCUACACAGAGACUCAAGCCGAGCUGGCGAGGAAGCACCUGCUGGGGCAGUCGGAAGACGGCGGCCAGGACUCGCCUGUGAUCUACUUGACACAUGAAGAGUUUCAACAUCCCGGUUCAUGGACGGUUCUCCCCAUGAUACAAACAUUAAACCUUCGCCAUGGCACGAACGCGUCAUGGGUUGUAUUUGGCGACAGUCAGACAAGAUUUAAGUUGAGAAGAUUGCUGAAUCAUCUGGCUGAACAUGAUAAACUACAGGAAAUGUGGCUAGGUCGUGCGCUGCAUGACAGGGAAGCCACAAUCAUUCAUCACUUUGCCUUCGCAGACAACCCGCAGCUAUUCAAGUAUCCUCACAUUUCCUCUGGAUUUGCAAUGAGCCGUGCGCUGUUGAAUAGACUCUCCGCUCGACUGGCCUCGGAGAGCGUCCGGAAGAUGGACUUCUCCAUAGACCCGGCCCACGAGCUGGCGCUGUUCGUGCGGGACGGCGGGAGAGGCCCGUCGCUGACCCCCUCCGAGGCCCUGUGUCUCCACGACCAGCCGCAGUGCGCCUCGUACGUCUCCCCGCCUGAGCCGUGCGGUGAACCCAUCCCGAAAAAAUCCAUGUAUUUUGCUGUGAAAACUUGCAAGAAGUUUCACACAGACAGGGUGCCCAUAGUCAAGCGCACUUGGGCUAAACAUGCCGUCCACCUUGGCUUCUUCAGCGAAGCAGAUGACGAGACGAUCCCUACGAUCAAUGUGGGUGUCCCGAACACAGAGCAAGGCCACUGUGGGAAGACCACUGCGAUCCUGAGGCACGUCGCCGCUCGAUUGGUCGACAUGGCAGACGUCAAGUGGGUGGUCCUGGUCGAUGACGACACCAUCUUGAGCGUGGGCCGGCUGCAGCAGCUGCUGGCCUGCUUCGACGCGUCCCGGCCGCUGGCGCUGGGCGAGCGCUACGGCUACCGGCUGCUGCGCCCCUCCCAGGGCUACAACUACCUGACGGGGGGCGCUGGGGUGGCGCUCGGCCGGGACGCGGUGGCGAGCGUCGCGGCCUCCGACUACUGCCGCUGCUCCUCGCCCUCGGCUCCCGACGACAUGUUCCUCGGGGUGUGCCUGGCCCGGCUCGGGGUUCCCGUCGUGCACUCCCCCCUCUUCCACCAGGCCCGGCCGGUGGAUUACGCGCCGGAGUACUUGGCGGUGCAGUCUCCCGUGUCUUUCCACAAGCACUGGAUGAUCGACCCGGUGUCUGUGUAUGAGCGAUGGUUCCGCGACGUUGACAAGGAACUGGCUGCAGCCGAGCGCUCCCACCUCGAGUUGUAGCUCCCGGUUCCGAAGAGCUGGUGGCGAAUAAGAGACGUGCAAGCAAAGUUUGUAUUUUUGUAAUAAAUGCUAUUUUUGUGACUUUA